CCCACGUGCACGCGGCCGGGACUGGACGUCGGGUCCUUUCCGGGUCGCGCAAGGUGGCGGCCGGAAGUGGGCUCCGCGGGGCCGGUCGGCGGCAUGGACUCGCUCCGGCGGCUGAAGCGGUUCGACGCCUUUCCCAAGACGUUGGAGGACUUUCGAGUCAAGACGUGCGGGGGCGCGCUCGUGACAGUAAUCAGUGGGCUUAUCAUGCUGGUGCUGUUCUUUUCAGAGCUGCAAUACUACCUCACUAAGGAAGUUCAUCCUGAAUUAUAUGUUGACAAAUCAAGAGGAGACAAACUGAAGAUCAAUAUAGAUGUUAUCUUUCCACACAUGCCUUGUGCUUAUUUGAGCAUUGAUGCAAUGGAUGUGGCAGGAGAGCAGCAGCUAGAUGUGGAGCACAAUCUCUUCAAACAACGUUUGGAUAAAGAUGGCAGUCGUGUGACUCCAGAGGCUGAGAGACAUGAGCUAGGAAAAGAAGAGGAGAAAGUGUUUGAUCCAAAUUCCUUGGAUGCUGAUCGCUGUGAGAGCUGUUAUGGAGCAGAAUCUGAGGAUAUCAGAUGCUGUAAUACUUGUGAUGAUGUAAGAGAAGCAUACAGGAGGCGAGGCUGGGCCUUCAAGAAUCCUGACACCAUAGAACAAUGCAAGAGAGAAGGGUUCAGCCAGAAAAUGCAAGAACAGAAGAAUGAGGGCUGCCAAGUAUAUGGAUUCUUAGAGGUUAACAAGGUAGCUGGGAACUUUCACUUUGCACCAGGAAAGAGCUUUCAGCAGUCUCAUGUUCAUGUUCACGCUGUUGAGAUUCAUGAUCUACAGAGCUUUGGACUUGAUAAUAUCAAUAUGACGCACUAUAUCAAACAUCUCUCAUUUGGGAGGGAUUAUCCAGGCAUCAUGAACCCUCUAGAUGGAACAGAUGUCAUUGCACAACAAGCUUCAAUGAUGUUUCAGUACUUUGUCAAAGUGGUUCCUACAGUCUAUAUGAAAGUAGAUGGUGAGGUGGUGAGGACUAACCAGUUUUCAGUUACCCGGCAUGAGAAAAUAGCGAAUGGACUAAUAGGAGACCAGGGCCUCCCUGGUGUAUUUGUGCUUUACGAGCUUUCUCCUAUGAUGGUGAAACUGACAGAGAAACACAGGUCCUUUACCCAUUUUCUUACUGGAGUCUGUGCCAUUAUUGGAGGAGUAUUUACAGUGGCAGGACUAAUUGACUCCUUGAUCUAUCACUCUUCUCGUGCCAUACAGAAGAAAAUUGAACUUGGGAAGACAACAUAGAUAAAUAGCUACUGCAUCCUAUCAAAAACUUGCAGAGGAGCUAAGCAAAUCCUUCAAGACAUAUGUGAUUCCCCACAAUGUACAAAAAGAUGAUGUCUGAGAUUAUCAAAUGGUUCUAAGCAUUCCUCUAUCACUCUCCUUAUUCUUUGUUUGGCAUUAAUUUGUGGAAGAGACAGCUCAAACCUAGCUGCUAUAAGGAUCCAUUACCCAUCUAACUAUGCAGACCCAACCAUAUGCACCCUUGCACAUCAGUCAUUGUCCACCAAGUCUGUUAAAUUGCUUCCUGAAACUGCUGCAGGAAGCAUUGCAUCUUGUGUGUUUCCAGAAAUAACAUAUUAUCAUAAAACACAAGAUGAGUUAAAGUUGCUGUCACAUCAACUUCUUGGCAGCGUCCACUAAUAUUUCCAAAUAUGUUCACACAAUAUAUCAGACCUCUGUCAAAAUGUACAGAAUUUCUGGGGUAAUUAGGUAAGACCUAGUACACAAAAUGGUUACAAAAUCUUGAGGCAUUGCGAAUCUCCAGAGCAGGGGAGACUCAAACUGCUGUUUGAAUGUAAAUACGUUGAUCUGUACUGUCAAAAAAACAACCUUAGCUGUUUUUUUUAAAUUGGGCCAUUUUUCACUUCCCAUAUUUUUGCUGUUUACAAUAAAAUAUGUUAUCUGUGGGUUUUA